UAUGUCGGACUACCUCCAUCAAUGUCCAUCUCCGACUGUCGACACUGUCACUCCUGAUGUAGUCGCACACGAAUUCAACCAUCUGGCAAUUGAUGUCGACCAUCCAGAUCUGAACGAUCCGAUGGACGACCAGGCUCUGGAUUCGCCUGUCUCCAAUUGCGAAACAGUUGUCUCCACUGAUCAACCUGGCACUACUCUAUUGCCGUUCAUCAGUAGCGGGUUGAUGGAACUCGGCGAGGGAGACGAGGUCCACCGCUACAUCAAGGAGCGAUUUAUCUCAGAGCUAGGUGCGCUUGGGGCGCAAGUCACGGUGGUGGCAAUCCACCAGAAUUGCCACUCCAGUUUCACGGCGAAAGCUAGGGCCCAAGCUUUUCAAGCUUACUCGGAGGCAGUGCAGAAGAAAGGCGACAGCGACACAGCCAACGUGAGGUACGCAUGGUACGCGACCUCCAAGGAAGAUGUGUCCAAGAUCUUGUCGUAUGGCUUCAGCUACAGUGGGAAGCCUGAGAACGAUGGCUUGUACGGUUGUGGAGCUUAUUUUGCUCCUGAUAAUCAUCCGCUCGAAAGCAUUAUGUCCGCCCCUAUAGAUAGAGAUGGCCUACAACAUCUGUUGCUUUGCCGGGUAAUAUUAGGGAAAUCAGAGCUUGUUACUCAUGGCUCAGAACAGUCUCAUCCUAGUUCGGAACAGUAUGAUUCGGGCAUUGAUGACUUAUCAUCUCCAAGAAAGUACAUUAUUUGGAGUACCCACAUGAACACUCACGUGUUGCCGGAGUACGUGGUCAGCUUUAGAGCCCCUUAUUGCUUGAGUGUAGGGUUGGUGAGAACUCCGGAGAAGUCACAGAAUCCGACUUCCCCUUGGAUCCCGUUUCCAAUUUUGAUUUUGGAACUUUCUAAAAUCUUCCAUCCAUCUGACGUAGGUUUGAUCUCCAAGUACUAUGAGGACCGCAAAGGGGAAAAGAUUUCGAGGCAUGUGCUGGUGCAGAAAGUUAGGCAAAUUGUAGGCGAUAGGUUGCUGAUUAAAAUCAUCAAAAGUUUCAGAACUAAGCAAUUCGAGGCAUGAAGCGGUUGAUUAUGGGACCAUGAUGGACUUGAAUAAGACUGGAUGCGAGGCGUAUGAACAAGACCUAUUUUUGUUUUGAUGAGUUCACAGCACACAAUAGUGAGAGCAAAUGGUACACGAGGUGAAGCAGGAGGCCCAUCUGAAUCGGACACUGGCAUAGCUGCUGUAUCUUAGAUAGGAAAAAGACUCUUUUGGAAUUUGUAUGAUUUUGAAAGUUUGUGCUGGAUUAUAGUCAUAAACUGCAGUCUUCUCUUGGUCCCUAUAUCACAGGACUAUUUGUCUUCAAUGGAGAAUCAAAACUCUUCUUUAUUGUACAUGUUGUGGGAACAUAUUUGAUCUGUGCAAGUA